AUGCUGCGUCGUCGGGCGUCACGGGCAGCGACCUUUGCUGCGAGCAGUGCGGCCGGUACGCCUGCGCCGAUCAUCGAGGUCAUCCAGGCUGCUCUCGACUCGGGUGCGAGCCUCGGCCAGGCCGCCGCCAUUGCGGUUGCCGUCAACUCGGGUGGUUCGCCUGCGGAGGUGCAGAUCGCAGCCAUCGAGGCCGGUGCGCCGCUCUCGGUUGCGUCGGCGGUCGCCUCGGCCGUGUCGUCGUACACGCAGUCGACGGCUGGCUCGUCGACCGAUGCUACGGCGUAUACGAACGGCAUGUCGUCUGCAACAUCGUACGUUGCGCCAUAUGAAACCAAGCCGUUGGACGUAGCGGCACCGAGUGACCCGGAAGCUGCGACGGACGCGAACACGCUGUCGUCGUAUGUGUUCAACGACGUGAAGCCGCAAGAUGGCACCGACUCGUCGAAGAGCGGCGUGCUCAACGAAUUAGUGAACAACAUUGUGGCGUAUGUUACGGACGCGCCGGCGCCGCCUCGUUUCCGUUUGCGCCCCCAGUGCGCGCCGACGGUGUAAGCUGGCGUGUGGUUAAUGUGAUCAAUGUUGAUGUAAUAC